UUGCUGCUUUGUUUUCCGCACCUCUCCCCACGUUUAUUUGUUUGUUCCCGACCUUUCCUUCAAAUGAGGGUUUCUACCAUGGCGACGCUGAGAAAUUAGAUCGCAGUCAGGAAGAGGAGCAGAGGCAGUUGGAAAAAAUGGAGGACGACGAACCAGGAAUGAGGUUGAGCAAGAGGUUCUCUGAGAAUGGCGAGGUUGAUUACAAGAUAAAAGCUGGAACGGCAUGGAGUCAUUCUUAUCUGAAUCAGAAGCCCUGGCACCCCCUCUCUUACCCUAACCAGAGGCGAAAAUGGAUUGCUGAACAAACUGACGCUCAGCACCAUCGCAGAGCUCAAGAAGUCGCCCGUGAGUUUGCCCAAGAGCAAGAAUUUUUUCGACAAACUGCUGCAAUUUCGAAGAAAGAGAAGGAGAAGGUGGAAUUGAUGCAAGCUGUGAGCUUUAUGUAUGUCCGUCCUCCGGGUUAUAAUGCAGAGAGUGCCAAAGCUGCAGAGUGUGAAGAAAGGAAAAAAAUUGAGCAAAGCAAUGGUCAUCAAGAGCAUUCUGGAAAUCAGGGACCUCUGCAGGAUUCUAGCUUACCAUGUAAGGAUCAUGCACAUGAAGAUAAGAAGAAGCCAAGGCCAAAAGAUGUAUUUGGUCGUACUCUACCGACAGAAGAAGAAUUUGAGGUUCUGAAGAAUGCGCCACGGUUAGAGACAGGUGUCCCUGUACGAGCGAAGCCCUUUGGGGUUGAAAUACGUAAUGUUAAAUGUGUGAGAUGUGGAACUUUUGGCCACCAAAGUGGUGAUCGAGAAUGUCCCAUGCGAGAUGCAAUCAUGCCAAAUGAGGAGAGCCGUUUGAAGAGAGAUGAUCCUUUGACUGUUAUUAUGGCACAAACUGAUUCUAGUGAGCCUUUGAAAUGGGAACUGAAGCAAAAACCUGGUGUUAUGAGCCCCCCUCGUGGUGGAUUCAAACCAGAUGAUCCUAAUCAGCAGAUAAUUCCAGAGGAAAUAUUCGAUGAGUAUGGAGGCUUUCUUGAUGGGGGUAGUGUUCCUGAUCUUUUGGCCAAUUUCUUGGUGGCCAAGUCUAAGAAGCACUCGAAAAAGAAAAGAAAGAGUGGCAACUCAUCUUCACAUAGCCGUCAUUGUGAUUAUCAUCACAAGACCAAGUCAACCCCAAAUUCCCCUUCCAAAGCAAAAAGAUGGAAAGAGAGAAAAUCAAAGAAGAGCCAUACGAGAGAGAAAAAACAUCACCGUUCUUAUUCACGCACAUCGGAGAGCUCAGAUUCUGAAAAACAUAGUAAGAGGAAAAAGAGAAUGCGACAGAGAUCAGAUUCAACAAGUGGUUCAGAUUAGUCAGGGCUGAUAUAAUAUUAUGUAUGGUGUAUUAUAUUUACUUUUUAUGUUAAUAGAAAAUAACUUACACUCCAAGCUUUAAAAUUGCCUAUGAGCAGAUUUCUAGGGUU